ACACACUAAUCACAAGUUACAGCCUACAUCACGGAGAGAGGGGAGGUGAUUGAACUCAGUGGAGCCGGGCAGGACAGUGAGUAGAGAGGGGGACGCGGCUGUGAGACAUCAGGACAGUGGCUGUGGAUUAUUUUGUCUUUCUCAAGACUGAUCACCGGUCGCUUUUACGCCUCAGGAUUUUUUGGGCUGAAAUGUUUCAGGAUCCGACGGCAGAAUCCUUCAUUCCUGUUUCGGUGCAGCGCUGGGUCUGAGAACUGAGCCUAACUGCGGGAUAACAGUCACCAGGCCCAAGGGCCACUGGACCAAUAAAACAUGCUGGCUGCCAUGCUGCGCCAGAGCUCUGGCGGAGGAUCAGGAGGUGGUAGUGGCGGCAGCGGCAACGGCGGCGGCGGCAGUGGUGGCACCAAACUCUCCCUAGGUAUCUCCAGAUUCUCCAGCUCCAGCUUGGGUUCAGCCAGCCCUACCAAUGUGGGCUCUGGGGUGCCGGGCAGGGUCUCCAAGAGUGGCUCGGUGAGCUCAGACAGCCCAGAUAUCCCCACCUCAGACCCAAUCUAUAUUAUGCAGCUGGUCAGCGACGUGCGCAAGUUUGCUGAUGUGCUUCUACAACUCAAAGAAGUUUUCAACUCCAAAGAGCACCAGGACUGCCUUCAUCAGGCGGUGCACGAGCGUCUCGGGGAGCUGCUGCGAGUCCUGAAGGCCAUUAUCAGCAAACACCAGAGCCUCAACUCGGUGGACAUUCUCAGUACUGCUGGAACCGUCAUCGCCACGGUCAAAGGGGUGAACUUUAAGGAGGUGAACGAAGAGAACAAACAGAAGCUGUUCGGAGAGAUCUACACCGCUAUUGACACAUUGGCGUUCACCUUUGGCAAUGUAGUGUCUGACUUCCUUAUGGGAGAUGUAGAGAAUGGAUCAGUUUUGGGGCUCCCCCUAACUAAGAGAAGCAGGUCUUUUGAGAACCUCGCCGUGGAAUCUGGAGGAUCCGGUCCCGAGAAAGAUGAUCCGCCAGGGCCGUCUCCGCCGGUUCGGGCAGAAGAGGUGGACAGGACACUGCAGCGCCAGGACAGCGGGGUGGAGUCGGCGCUGCUCUAUGCCAAGGCCUGGUCCAAGUACACCAAAGAGCUGCUGGCGUGGGUGGAGAAGCGUCUCAAUAUGGAUAUUGAGUGUGCAAAGAGUUACGCCAAAAUGGCUGAAUCUGCCAAGACGCUUGCAAGUCAACAGGAAUUCAUGCCCUUCCGUGAGAUCUACACGACUGCAUUCAAAAAUGACACUGAAUACAGCCAGCUGGUACUUCACACCGCAGCAGUACUCCAAAGCAACAAAUUCAUGCAGCCUCUCCUGGCCCGAAAGAAUGAGCUGGACAAACUACGAAAAGAGGUCAAGGAGCAGUGGCAGAGGGAGCAAAAGAAAAUGAAUGAGGCAGACAGUGCUCUGAGGAAGGCUCGGCUGCUGCAGGCUCAGCGGCAGGAGGAGUAUGAGAAGGCCAAGGUGUCAACCAGCCGCCUGGAGGAGGAGCAGAUCGGUGGAGGAGGAGGCGCAGCGGCGAUCAAACAGCUGGAGAAAAGGCGCAGGCUGGAGGAGGAGGCUCUGCAGAAGGCUGAGGAAGCCAGAGAGCACUGCAAAGCCUGUCAGAUUGAUGUCGGGGACAAGAGGGUCGAUCUGGCCAACACCAAGAGUGUGAUCAUCACUCAAAUCCGAGAGAUGGUCUCCCAGUGCGACCUCACCCUCAAAGCUGUGACGGUCAACUGGUUCCAGCUCCAGCAGGCCCAGGUUGUAUCACUCCCUGUCAACCACCAGAGCCUGUGUGAAAAUGCCAAACUGUACGAGCCGGGCCAGCGCUAUAUCGACUUUGUCAGGAGUCUACCCACUGAUGGGCCUCGUCUGGAGUCCCAUUCGUUUGAUUCAGCUGUCACACAAAACGCAGGAAUGCCUUUCAGCAAGCGGUCGCUAACUGGCAGCCACUCGUCCCACAGUAACCUGUCACAUUCAUCUGUGACCUCUGACCUCCUCGGUACAGACGACGUCGAAGGUCCCAUCUCUGCCCAGCAUGCCAAGGUUGCAGAGAGGCACUCCAGCAGCAGCACUGACAUCCAAGCACUUCGGAUGCAGGCCUCAUUUCGUCCCUGGGCUUCGGCCAGCCAGGGCGGAGGGAUGUGCAGCGACUCAGAAAGUGCUGGAGGGAGCAGUGAGUCCCGCUCCAUGGACUCACCCACUGCAAGUCCAGGAGACUUCAAGAGGAGAUUACCCAGAACCCCCUCCACUGGCACCAUGUCGUCUGCUGAUGACCUGGAUGAGAGAGAGCCUCCUUCACCCUCUGAUAACGGUCUAAGUGAGAUGGUAAUCGAAUCAGCCAGCUCCCCAGGUCCCUUUAGAAACACCCAGAUGUCCAGGGCUGCUCAAACCCACAAGUUGAGGAAGCUCAGAGCGCCGUCCAAGUGUCGAGAGUGCGACAGCCUGGUGGUGUUUCAUGGAGCAGAGUGCGAGGAGUGUUCGUUAGCCUGCCAUAAGAAGUGUCUGGAAACCCUGGCCAUCCAGUGUGGCCAUAAGAAGCUCCAGGGGAGGCUCCACCUCUUCGGCAUCGACUUCACACAGGCAGCUAAGAACAGCCAGGAUGGCAUCCCCUUCAUCAUACGGAAGUGUACAUCGGAAAUCGAGAACAGAGCGCUCAACAUUAAGGGUAUCUACCGCGUGAAUGGUGCCAAGUCUCGAGUAGAGAAGCUGUGCCAGGCUUUUGAGAAUGGCAAGGACCUGGUGGAGCUCUCCGAUCUUUAUCCCCACGACAUCAGCAACGUACUCAAACUCUACUUGAGACAGCUUCCAGAGCCCCUCAUCCUGUUCCGCUAUUAUAAUGACUUCAUUGGUCUGGCAAAGGAAAGCCAGAGGAUCAUUGUGGAGGAACUGGAGGCAAUGCGGCUCAGUCCCACCCCAGUGCCCCCGGCCCAGGUCAGCGUCGAUCUCAACCGCGUCCUCUUCAAAAUCAAGGACCUGCUGAGGCAGCUGCCACCAGCUCAUUACAAGACACUGCAGUUCCUCAUAGAGCAUCUGCACCGGGUGACGGAGCAGUCAGAGGAGAAUAAAAUGACAGCCAGCAACCUGGGCAUCAUCUUUGGCCCAACACUGAUCAAACCAAGGCAGGCAGAUGCCGACGUUUCCCUUUCCUCUCUGGUGGAUUACCCAUAUCAGGCACUCAUUGUUGAGCUCCUGAUCAGACACUACCAGAUGAUCUUUGAUACCCCUCUUAGUCCCCUGAGCGGCACCUCACCUACAGAGAUCGAUGCCCAACGCCUUGACACACGCCUCAACCAACAGGAGAAGGAGCAGCAGCUGAGCCGGCACUCAAAGUCGCUGGGAGACAUUAAGGAGCAGAGCUCUAAGGUGUAUAAGAGACAUUCCUCCAUAAUUCCCUCCUCCCACUUAUUGGCUGAGGUUCAGGAAACCACGCCAAGCUUCGACGGAAGUGACUUUGAACCUGUUGAUGAAGUGGAUUUGGAAGCCUUCAAUGGGGUUUUGUCAUCAGACGUCCCAGAGGUCCCGAAACCUGGCGAGAGAGGCCUCUGCCGUUCUCAGCAUGUCACCGUCGCCAGAGUCCAGCUCCGACACCCUCGCAAUAAACUCUCCUCCCGGCCAAUGAGCAUGCCAGCUGAACGGUUACACAACCGAGGCCAAGUAGACGAGAACAACACCCGGAACAGCACCGACCAAGGCGACAGGAAAGGAGGCAGUUUUGAUCAGUCCAUUGAAGAGGUGGAUGAAACUGAGAGUACAAAAUUGCGAGUGGGCACGCAUUACCGGAGUACAUUCAUUGACACUCAGACGUUACGCAGAACUUGGGACAAACAGUACAAGCAUGAGGUUACUUCCAGAACUGUCAGAAUUGUGGCCAGUUCGCCCACAGAGAGUACGGCAGUGGACCCCAGCAACUUAUCAAGUUCUGUGCCCGUAUCCUCAUCAUCUUUCUCCCUUGGAAGUACUGGGAGCAACAUGAACACCAUCUUCCCUAACAGACCUUACACUGUCGCAGUGCGACCUAGCAGGACUUUAAGAAGGGAGGACAAUGUAACCAAGUACAGCCCCACUUCAACAGCUUUCAGGGCUCCCAGGACACUUCAGCCUCCCCCAGGGACGUUCUACAAGCCCCCAUCAGGGAGCAAAGCUAAAGUGCUGCAGAGCUGUGUUUUAGCUAACAGCGCAGAGGAAGAAGAUGAUGAGGAGGAUGAUGACGAGGAGGAGGAGGAGUUGGGGAUUGAGAUAGAGGUGUCUGUAGAUGAGCCUCUUGAGGAAGACAACGAGGCUGAGCCAUCUCAGUCUCCCAGCUCUAGUCCUGAGGAGCUGGGCCCAAACCAGGCCAAACCAGUAUACCAGAGACUACGGCCCAGACGCCUCCAAGAGGUCGAACAUCGAGAGGCUCAUUUUGUGUGAUCAUCUGAGAGUCAUGGGUUAUCAGAGAUCUAAAAAAAACAGUGCUCAAAUGUGAUCAAUGUGUGCCAUAUUCAUCUGCAUUGACGCUGCAAAGACAAUUUCCAGAUGUACUAUGAUUGUGGGCCCCAUGCGGACAAUUAUAUGUACCCUUUGUCCUGACAAGACAAACAAGAUGCACUUAAAAAAAAAUGCUGUAUAUUUUAGCCUGAUUGACCAAUAAUUCAUUUACCAAUCACUUGCUCAGUACACUCUGGCACCUUGUCAGAAUAUUUAUAAUUUUUUUUUAAACUGUGCAAUUACAUUUUUAUUCAAAUAUUUUGUACCAAGUUGUUCCAGGCUCACUAUGUAUGUUUAUAUACCAAAAAAAACUGUUUGAAUUGUUACAAUAGUGCAUAUAGCCACAACACUGAAAAAAAAAAUGUUUGGUGCACUUAUCAAUACUCUCACACAGAUCUGUUCUGAGUCAUGUUUCUACCUACUGUGAGUCAGAAUGUUUUAAACUGUUACAUUUAGGUUAUAAUUAAUCAUUUUGCUAAUAACUUGUAUAUAAAGCAAUAUAUUGAUCGUUGUUACAUGCUGCACUGGGUAUCUACAUUGGCAUUUGUUGAUGCUAUGGAGCACCAGUUGCAGAGGGUAUACAUCCACUUGUUUUUAUACUGUUGAACUUUUAUGGUGUCAACUUACACUGAUCUGAAAAGCUUUUAGAAAUGCCUCUGGAUUGUAUAAUGGCAUUAUCUGUCUUAUUUUGAUAUAACAUUUCUUCAUAGCCAAAGCUGUUUUUUUUCUUUUUACAACUGAAUUAGUUAAAUAACCUAAACCUUACAGGUUCUUUGUAAGUAAUAGGAAGUGCAGCAUUUAUUUAAAUGGUAUCUGUUUUUCAUGGUAAUGUACAAGGUUGACAGAAUGUUGGAAAGUUCAGUGUAAAAAAAAAACAGGUACAUGAAAACAAACACCCUUUUGUAACUUAUUAAAAUAUAUCUGACAACUUCCA